CCACAUAAGGCUUACCAUAGAAACGAAUCGUCGCAACGGAAUCAAAUUCGUGAAUUUCAUCUCAGUAUGCCUCUGAAUUUUACCUUGAUUUCUUAAAAAUGAGUUCUGCAAAGAAAUUUUCGAGCAGCAGAGCUGUAUCCAGUACAACCAAGGGUAAUAUUCGCAAAGCUUUGUCUUCGAGCAAGUCCAAGAUUUCUGGAAAUGGCGAUGUUUCCAACGUUGAGAUUCAGAAACGAGCGACAGCUCCUCUGAAAAACGGAUCUGUUGAUGGUUUCCAAGCAAAAAGGAAAGAUGAAAAACUGCCCAGAUCUUCCAGGCAGUCACGUUUUGUGCAGGGUUCUGCGAGGAAAGCAUCUCCUCUGCAAAGGAGACCUUCACCAUCCGCUUCCACCAAACCAUCAUCGGCUGUCAGUGAAAGACACCAGAGACCUCCAGACACACAGAAUGAGAUAGUAUUCACCAACAAGGAGGCUGUUAGUGCUUGGGUCAAUGGAGGUGCAGAGGAUCAAGUAGACGCAGCAAGAGGGGGAACAACUACACCUACUGGCAAAAUCAUCCCCAGAGAUGUAAUGGAAAAGUGUCAGGAAAGUGAAGUUACCAAGGUGUAUGACAUUGAUCUUCAUGGAGCAAAUAUCGGUACCAUCAAAAACUUGGACAUGUUCAUAAACCUCCGAGUGCUGGACCUAUCCUGUAAUUGCAUCAGGAAUAUUGAGAAUCUUGCCAAUAACAAGGAUUUGAGGGAUCUGAAGCUGUAUGAUAAUAGGAUAAGUGCCAUUGCCAACAUUGAAAGGUUACAAGAACUAUGUUCACUGCAACUACAGCACAACAAAAUUAGAACAAUAGGUAAAGGACUUGCAUUGUCAAGGAAGUUGAAAGUCUUGAGAAUAGAUAGCAAUUAUUUGGGAAAGAUCGAAGCCAGGGAGUUGGCAGCCUGUUCACAACUUACCUAUCUUGAUAUCAGCUCAAACAAGCUUGACAGUUUAGCGGCCUUGAAUGCACUGUCGUCAUUAGAAGAGCUCCGUGCAACACACAACUGUUUAAGAGCGGUUACAGAUCUCAAGAGAUGUCGCAAACUACAAGAGAUUGAUGUAUCAAACAACAAGAUAGCAGACUUAAGUGGAAUCAAGGGGCUCCAUAAUUUGACGGUUUUGAGGAUAUCGCACAAUCAGUUAACGGUCGACACGUUGAAAGCUGUCGAGAGGCUAAGGUCAUUACACACUCUUGAUGUUUCUCACAAUAAGAUCAGUGAAUUAGAGUUCAUCGUUGAUCAGUUCCCUGCUCUUGAAGUUCUCAAUGUCUGUAACAAUAGAAUUGUCAGAUGGAAGUCAGUGCUUUCAUUACAUAUAUGUCAACAUUUGUCAGAGUUGUAUGUUCAGGGAAAUCCAUUUUCGCAACCAGAAGGAGAAAAACCAAGUUAUCAUCAAGAACUACAAGCAAGUUUAUUGGGCCUUGAGAUCCUAGAUGGUGCUGUGAUUAAGAGGAAUACAGGAAAUAAAACAGCCCCCAUUAUGAGACCUAUGUCAGCAUCAACAGUUGUGAGUGCAAGACAGGUAGAGAAUCAAUUGAAGCAUUCUGAUCAAGACCUGACAGAUUUCAUGACCAGCCUUUCAAACAGGUUUGCUAACAUCCGUACCGUCCUGAACACCUUACCCAGUGAACCACCAAGCCAUAGACCAAUGACAGGAUUCUCUGAUGAUCUAUCCAUUCGUAGUGUGUCUGCUAUGUCAGAUGGCAGACCAAAGAGCAGGUGCAACAGUCGGAGUAGAAUUGCCGAUGCCAAGGCCUUUGCAUCCCAGAAUUUCUCAGGAUCAUAGUUGAACACUCCGGUGAUAAUCUCUAAUUUUUAUCCAUUUUCUACAAAAAAGAGAGUAUGUACAUGUAUGUAUGCAUGUAGAUGGCAGCAUCAUCUGAGAAUGAUAUUUUGCUCUGUAUAGACAUAAUAUUACCCAGGUCAUCAAAUUGUGUCUUACAUGUGCCUGUACAUGGUGCAUACCCUUUCUCCAUUCUCUGAGGAGCUUUCCGUGAAGUUUCUUAACUCAAUGACGAGGCAUACUACACUCCUGGGUUUAGAGCGGUAUAGAAAUAUGAUUGCCCAGGUCAUGAGAUUAUGGCUUACCCGCAUAUGACAUAUACCUUUUCUCCACUCCCUGGAGAGAUUUCGGGCCAGUUUCCAAACUCAAUUACGAGGCGUACUACACCCCUGGGUGGAGAGCGGUACAGAAAUGUUAUCACCCUGUACAUGGUGUAUGCUAUUCUCCACUUCCUGGUGAGCUUUAUGGCAAUAUUCUUAACUCAGUUUCAAGGCAUACCACACCCCUGGGUGGAGAGAGGCAAGGUGCAAGCUCAAAGGAGGCUGGCUAGGCCAUAGGGGAUUUGAACACACGACCCUCCGAUUACAAGGGAUGAUGUGGUUAGAUUCACUGCACCUCAGUGCUUUCACAUAAUUGUUUUGACUUGAUUCUGAAUCCUGGACUGUAAAAUCACAAGACAACCGCUUUCUGAUUGAAUCAUCGCAGAGCGUUACAUUGUAGUCGCAUUAUGAAGAGAAUGUGUUCUGGUGAUCGUGAUUGUCGUCUUUACAAGCAGAGUUGGAUCAUUGAUACUCCUAUGGUGUUAUCUAUACUAUAACAAAAUGUCUAGAGGAUCUACCAGUUGAAUCUUCAGUUUGGUGCAUUUAUUCUCUAUUGAAGCCAUACAGCAAGGGAAAAAAUUACAUCGGGGCUUUGCGCAAUUUCACCCAUGAAAUGCCCAAAAGAGCCCUGAAAACUUAAAAAGGAGCUCUUGAAAAUUCCCAUUAUUUGCAAUGACAAAGCUCAAUGUUGCAAAAUUAGGCAGAAAGUUGUGAGAAGUAUUCCCCAAAUACAUUCUAACGAAAAUUUUGCCUGCCGUACAGAUGAUUUCUCCUGCAAGUUAGGGUAAUCCUUUGCGAUAUGGCUAUAGAGUAUCACAGACUUUCAAAGGUGCAUGUCAACAAUUCAGAAUUGUUCAAGAAAAACAAAUUAUUGACCAUAACAUUUACGUCGAUCAUGAUUGUGCUCAAAUAAUGUACCAUUCACUAAUAGUGAGCAUCCGACGCUGGCACCAGAUCCAAAAUAGAGGGAUUGUUUAUUU